AUGACCUCAGUAGACGGUGAGAGGCGGCGCGGGGCCACCGGCCGCGAACUGGAUGAGGAGGCAGACGAUUAUUUUGGGGAUGCUUCAGCCGAAGAGACGCCCCUGCUAAACACCGAUCUGCCACCAGACGUCGUACCAGACCGGUCGUUCCAGCACCUGGUUGUGAGCAUGUGUGUGCUGUUCUUAUUCAUUGUCGAAGUCAGCACCUUUAUUAUGCAGCCGCCACUGCAACAGGUGAUGGAAGACCGAAUUUGUGGCGAGAUCUUCCCAGACCACGAGCUGGGUAUUGUAUCGGAAACGGAUAGUCGAUGCAAAGAUAAUAGAGUACAAAAGGAGCUGGCAAUGUUGCGAUCAUGGGAAGUCUCAGCCGAGAUGUUUGUUCCGUUCUUUGUGCAAAUUCCCUACGGAAUCAUUGCCGACAAGUAUGGCCGACGGCCUGUUUUGUUUUUAGCCCUAUUUGGAGCAGUCAUCCAAACAGCUUGGGUUCUUCUAGUCUUGGGUAUGCCAAAAACCUUUUCUGUCUGGUCCAUGUUAUACGGCAACAUCGCAUUCCUCAUCGGAGGAGGCGGACAAAUGGCCGGAGCCAUGGUGUGGACAUUACUUGCGGACGCCAUCCCUGUGGCCAGGCGUACAAGCGUCUUUUACCUUCUUUAUGCCAUGAUUCUCAUUCUGGCUGUUGUUGUGAAUCCUGUUGCCGCACUCCUGCUGAAAAUCGACCCCUGGAUUGCAAUUUGGUUGGGUUUUGGUAUCCUCAUAGCAGGCCUCUUUGCAUCGUUGCUGGUGCCGGAAACACUUGCGCUUCGUCAAAAGGCCGAUAGCAAACGGCCACGAGGGGCUAGCUUUGAUGGCGCGACCAAUGUGAACAUUGCUCCUCGGAAAACCUGGAUCCAGCAUGCCGUUUUCACCAUGAAAAACGACAUGGGCCAUAUUUGGCGCUUCAUCUUUGCCUCAAGAAGUGUCAUGAUUCUUAUUUUUGCGUAUGCGAUCAACUUCCCGAUCAGAUUGAACCAGACGUUCAAUCUGCUUCAGUACAUGACCAAGAGAUUCAACUGGGAAUGGUCAACUGCGACGUACGUUUCUACGGUUAGCAACAUCACAGCGGCGGUAGUGCUUCUAGUACUAUUGCCGGCUGGCUCUUGGAUUCUUGUGAAGAAGCGCGGGCUCGACCCUCUGAAUAGAGACUUAAUGCUAAUGCGCGCUUCGCUAAUUUUUGUCAUUGCCGGGAACUUUCUCACAGCUUUCGCUCCUACAGUGUGGUUGUUCAUCAUUUCCCUCAUCGUCACCAGUCUAGGCACAGGGUUUACAACGCUCUGUCGAGCGCUACUGAAUGCCGUGGUCGAGCCGCAUACUGUUGCCACGCUGAAUACAACCGUGUCGAUGAUGGAGACUAUCAUGGGCCUCGUCAGUUCCCCAGUCCUGGGAUGGCUCCUCAGCAAAGGCUUGGAGCUUGGUGGAGUUUGGAUGGGAUUGCCAUACCUCGUCUGCGCCAUCCUCGCGGCACUUACGGGAGCAUUGAUUCUGGCAUUCAAGCUCCCUGUAGGAUUUGCCCAGGCGUCAUCGUGA